GUUCCGGCGCAGACCGGAAGGACCGUAAUCCUGGACGGGUCGCAGCGAUGGCGGCGGCAGAAAACAACGCGGAGCUGAAGCGGAAAGCUGAAGAAGAACCGGCCGGAGAGGAGGACGGGGAGGACGGGGACUGGGUCGGACCCAUGCCGAGCGAGGCCACGAAGGCCAAGAAGAGGAAAGUGCUCGAGUUUGAACGCGUCUACCUGGACAACCUGCCGUCAGCCGCCAUGUACGAGCGGAGCUACAUGCACAGAGACGUCAUCACGCACAUCGUCUGCUCCAGGACGGACUUCAUCAUCACAGCCAGUCAGGACGGACACGUCAAGUUUUGGAAGAAGAAAGAAGAUGAGGGAAUCGAGUUUGUCAAACACUUUCGAAGUCAUCUCGGCGUGGUAGAAAGCAUCGCGGUCAGCGCUGAAGGAGCUCUCUUCUGUUCUGUCGGCGACGAUCGGGCCAUGAAAGUGUUCGACGUCGUCAACUUUGACAUGAUCAACAUGCUGAAGUUGGGCUUCCACCCAGGUCAGAGCGAGUGGAUCUACAACCCCGGCGAUGCCAUUUCCACGGUGGCCUGCUCAGAAAAAUCCACGGGGAAGAUCUUCGUCUACGACGGAAGAGGAAGCAACCAGCCGCUCCACGUCUUCGACAAGAUGCACUCCUCGCCGCUGUCGCAAAUCCGCCUCAACCCCAAAUUCAGAGUCAUCGUCUCUGCCGACAAAGCGGGAAUGCUGGAGUACUGGACCGGCCUCCCGAAUGAAUUCAGGUUCCCCAAGCACGUACACUGGGAAUACAAAACAGACACGGACUUGUACGAAUUCGCCAAACACAAAACGUAUCCCACCAGUCUGGCGUUUUCUCCUGACGGAGCCAAAAUGGCCACCAUCGCGUCUGACAGGAAAGUCCGAAUCUUCCGAUUCCUGACGGGAAAACUGAUGCGAGUAUUCGACGAAUCGCUGACGAUGUUCACAGAGCUGCAGCAGAUGAGGCAGCAGCUGCCCGACAUGGAGUUCGGGAGGCGGAUGGCUGUGGAGAGAGAACUGGAGAAGGUGGACGGUAUCCGACUGACAAACAUCAUCUUCGAUGAGACCGGACACUUCGUGCUUUACGGGACCAUGCUGGGCAUCAAGGUCAUCAACGUGGAGACCAACAGAUGUGUGCGGAUCCUCGGGAAGCUGGAGAACAUCCGCGUGGUCCAGCUGAGUCUGUUUCAGGGGGUGGCGAAGGCGAUGCACGUGGCGCCCACCGUGGAGAUGAAGGCGUCCGACAACCCCGCCUUAGAGAACGUAGAGCCCGACCCGACCAUCUUCUGCACCGCGUUCAAGAAGAACCGCUUCUACAUGUUCACAAAGAGAGAACCGGAGGACACAAAGAGCGCCGACUCGGACAGAGACAUCUUUAACGAGAAGCCCUCGAAGGAAGAGGUGAUGGCGGCCACGCAGGCCGAGGGCCCCAAGAGAGUGUCGGACAGUGCCAUCAUCCACACCACCAUGGGAGACAUCCACAUCAAGCUCUUCCCCGUCGAAUGUCCCAAAACGGUGGAGAACUUCUGCGUGCACAGCAGGAACGGAUACUACAACGGUCACAUAUUCCACAGAGUGAUCAAGGGCUUCAUGAUUCAGACAGGAGACCCGACGGGCACCGGCAUGGGCGGAGAGAGCAUCUGGGGAGGAGAGUUCGAGGACGAGUUCCACGCCACGCUGAGACACGACCGGCCGUACACGCUGAGCAUGGCGAACGGAGGCCCCGGCACCAACGGGUCACAGUUCUUCAUCACCGUCGUACCCACUCCUUGGCUCGACAACAAGCACACCGUGUUCGGAAGAUGCACCAAAGGCAUGGAGGCCGUGCAGAGGAUCUCCAACAUGAAGGUCAACCCCAAGACGGACAAACCGUACGAGGACAUCAGCAUCAUCAACAUCACCAUAAAGUGAUCGCGUGUCUUCAUCGAGUCCUGUACAGUGUUUGUUUUUUUUACCAGAAUGAAAAAUUAAAGGAGGAUUUGAGUAAAGAA